AUGCCCUGGCUCAGCGCUGGUAUUCAAUCGAGGCCGAGGCUGACACUUCAGACCUGCGGGCUUCAAGAGCAGGCUCAGACGUCAGCCUCUCUAUCCAUCUUUAACAUUUACUCCUACGAGCUGGAGCCAACCUCGAUAUUAAGUAUGGCUGGUGUUAUCUCCCUGGUGUUCGGCCUCUUCGAAAGAACUCUUGAGCUCUGCUACAUCCUCUCUGUAGCCAUCUUUCUAUUCCUUUACCUUCCUAGGCAACCUCCUAAGUCAUUGGCCGAGCCUCUUGUUUGCGAGUCUCUGCCAGAGGCAGCUGCUGAACCUUCAGAUGAUACUACAACCGAAGGUCUCCCAAGGCCGGAAACCCCUGUCAUCGUAUAUUCUUCAAGCUACGACGAUAGUUUGAGCAUAAUUUCUCCUGGGACGCCAGAUGAUACACAGAAUAGUUUCUUCAUGGUCUCCUUCAUCAAUUCGCCUCUGCCGGAACCUCAUUCGCCUGAACUCGUCAAAAGCUUCAGUCGGCUCAAAAUUCAAAGUCAGAAGACUCUUCAAGCCCUCGUGGAAAAUCGUCGCAAGAUGACUGGGAAGUGCUAUGCGGAGGUUAGAAAGCAGCGUCUUCGGCGUGCCCGUGCAGUCACUGUUUCGCGACAUUGUUAUUUCUCGGAGUAA